CGGGCAUCGGGCAGCACCGGAAGUGGAUUGCCGGAAGUGGUUGCCGGGGCGACGGCGAAGAUGGCGGCCGGUUCCACGUCGAGCAGCACCGGCGGCGGCCGGAGCAGCUGCUGUUCGAGUCUGUCCAUGGAGUUCCUGGAGGGUCUGACUGAGGUCGCCGAGUUACAGGAGGCCUACAGCAAACUGUGCAGCGAGGAGAAAGAGGUUGAAGCAGAGCUUGAGGCUCUUAUUGGACAGCAGAGCAGCCUAGACAGUAAGAUGGCGGCUCUGCACCGUAUGGGUCCAAACUUGCAGUUGAUCGAAGGGGAUGCCAAGCAGCUUGCAGGGAUGAUCACUUUUACAUGCAACCUGGCUGAAAAUGUCAGCAGCAAGGUUCGGCAGCUUGAUUUGGCCAAGAACCGGAUUUACCAGGCUAUUCAACGAGCAGAUGACAUUUUGGAUCUGAAAUUCUGCACUGAUGGAGUACAGACAGCUCUGCGCAAUGAGGACUAUGAGCAGGCAGCAGCACACAUUCAUCGGUACCUGUCACUCGACAAAUCUGUAAUUGAACUGAGCAGACAGGGCAAGGAAGCCAAUAUCAUCGAUGCAAACCUAAACCUUUUGCAAGAGGCAGAGCAGCGGUUAAGAGUGAUUGUAGCUGAAAAGUUUCAUGUGGCCAUCAAAGAAGGUGACUUACCACAAGUGGAGCGCUUCUUCAAGAUUUUUCCAUUGCUGGGAUUACACGAGGAAGGGUUGAACAAGUUCUCAGAGUACCUGUGUAAACAGAUUGCAGACAAAGCUGAAGAAAACCUUCAGUUGGCAUUGAGCACGGAGAUGAGUGAUCGUAGAGCAGCUGUUACCUUCGCUGAUACCCUCACACUGCUCUUUGAAGGGAUUGCUCGAAUUGUGGAGACUCACCAGCCCAUCGUCGAAACGUACUAUGGACCUGGGCGGUUGUACACACUUAUUAAAUACCUACAGGUGGAGUGUGAUCAACAGGUUGAAAAGGUGGUGGAUAAAUUCAUUCAGCAGAGGGAUUAUCACAGAAAGUUCCAGCGUGUUCAGAACAGUAUGAUGAGAAGCUUGACGGUGGAUAAGAUAGAGCCCAGAGAAUUGGACACUAUUUUAGCAGAAGUUACAUUGAUGAAUGCUCGUGCAGAACUGUACCUGCGCUUCAUAAGGAGAAGAAUCACUGCAGAUUUUGAAGUUUGUGAUGCGGUAGCCUCAGAAGAAGUGAAACAAGAGCAUCAGAAGGCACUGGAUAAACUGUGUAACCUAUGCUUGCUGAGCCGGAAUAUGCAGGAACUUAUUGGAUAUUACAUCACAAUGGAAGAAUACUUCAUGAGAGAAAUGGUCAACAAGGCUGUGGCGAUGGAUGUCUGUGAGAAGGGCCAGUUGACAUCUAGCAUGGUGGAUGAUGUGUUUUUCAUUGUGAAGAAGUGCAUCGGUCGUGCUCUGGCGAGCUCAAACAUUGACUGCCUGUGUGCCAUGAUCAACCAUUCCACCACUGUACUGGAGUCAGAUUUCAGGGAAGUGCUUUAUAAUAAGCUCCGGAUGGGAUUUCCUGCCACAACCUUUCAGGAUAUACAGCGUGGAGUAACCAGUGCUGUGAAUAUCAUGCAUUCCAGCCUGCAGCAGGGCAAAUUUGACACCAAGGGCAUUGAAAGCACAGAUGAAGCUAAACAAUCUUUCCUGGUGACUCUGAAUAAUGUGGAGAUGUGCAGUGAAUAUCUUCUGACCUUAAAAAAGAACCUGGAGAGUGACUGUACAAAGCUGUUCAACCAAGGACUGGGAGCAGAGCAAGCACAAGCAAAGAUUGACAGCUGCCUAUCGGAUUUGGCUGCGGUCUCCAACAAGUUCAAGGACCUCCUGCAGGAAGGUUUAGCAGAACUCAACAGUACAGCUAUCAAGCCACAGAUUAAGCCCUGGAUAACUGGGUUCCUCUCCAUCUCUCACAAUAUUGAGGAGGAGGAGUUUAAUGAUUAUGAAGCCAAUGAUCCCUGGGUUCAACAAUUUAUUCUCAACCUGGAGCAACUGAUGACAGAGUUCAAGGCUGGAUUGUCCCAGGUCAUCUAUGAUAAUCUCACUGGUCUGAUGACGAGCCUGAUUGCGAUUGAACUGGAAAAGGUGGUUCUCAAGUCAACAUUUAGCCGGCUUGGUGGGUUGCAGUUUGACAAGGAGCUCCGAUCGCUUAUUGCAUACCUGACAUCAGUGAUCACGUGGACCAUUCGUGACAAGUUCGCUCGCCUCUCUCAGAUGGCAACUAUACUGAAUCUAGAAAGGGUCACUGAGAUCUUGGAUUACUGGGGACAGAACUCUGGUCCAUUGACCUGGCGUCUUACGCCUGCUGAGGUGCGUCAGGUGCUUGCACUGCGGAAUGACUUUCGUAGUGAGGACAUCAAGAGACUUCGCUUGUAGCAGUUGUGCCUGGUCAACCUUUAGAGGAUCGAUUAUUAUGAUUCCUCUUGGACAGCAUGUUUCUGCAUAUUCAGACAGUGGAGCUUUGUGUGGCAUUUAAAACAAAAACGUCUGACUGGAUCUGGUGUGCACCACAAAUGACUUGCAUAUGUUUUUGUUUUCCAAAGGGAUCAUUGUGCAUUAAUUGACAGACUCGGAGCAUGUCCAGUUUCAGGGUCUUGGGAACAGGUUCAGAACCAUACAGUACAUCCACAUGCUGGAGUAUUACUUCACCACAUUUGGACUAUGCUGUACCAGGUCGUGUUGCAGCUUAUAGAGAGAUGGAUUGUUUUGCCAAACUUUUCAAAUGUAAUCUAUUUACUCUGUCCACUGAGAUACUGACCCAUGCAGACUAGGAAUAUUGCCCAAUUUCACCCCUGGUACCUGGUGAGAUUGGCUGACUAGACUGGCAGGGGGGGGAACUUUAUAUCCCUGAGAAAUGAAGCAGUGGCUAAAAUCUGAUUCCUGAAUUAAAUUCCACAAAUAAUUUUAGUAAGUAUGGAUUAGACAUGGUUAUGGUAAUCCCAAUGUUUGAAUAGCCAGCUAAUAACUCUUAAUAUAAUGCUGUCAUGCCAGGAUAGUAUGGAGAGGAUGACUGGCAGACUGUUGGAUGAGAUGUUAAGCCAAGGCUCCAUGUGUCUGCUUGGUUGGCCAGGAAGAGCCUGUAGGGUCAUUUCAAGUAAUCUGGUCAAUAUUAAUCACUCCAUUACAAAGUUUCAGUAAUCAAUGCUGUGGGACCCUGCAGUGGAGUAUUUAAGGAACGGAAUGUGUAUGAAAAGGAAUACCUGAGGCAUCAAACUAGCAGGAGGACCUCCCUGGUAUGUGCUGCAGAAUGAAUUGUUCAUGGGGAACAGUUUUCACUUUUUCCUAUACUUUAGUACCAGAGAAUUGAAUGGAAAUUCAUAAUUUAUUGUGUUCAAGGUUUGAAAGUUGUUUAAAUUAGUUCACUUUAGAAAUCCAAAUCAUUCUUUGUGGUUUAAUGGUGUUUUUCGUGACCUCCAGCUGUCCUAGAUGCUUUGCACCAGAGAAUACAAUUCCAAACUGUUUUAUUGCCUGUACUGUGGAAAGUAGACAAAGAAAUGAAUUGCCAGAGAAUCUGUUUUGUCCACAUCAUCUCAUGUCUUGGAGGGUGUUCUGAAGGGGGAACAAUAAAAGUAAGAUGACCAACAA